GGACGAAAUUCCAUCUUUGAGAUCAUUUGUUGAGCAUAGAGUCCUGCCCAAAUCUGCCUAUGACCCAGCUUGGAGAAUACAUCGACUCCAUAGCAACCAGUGUUUGUCUCAGUGCAUGUAAAUUUUAGUGAAGAAAAUAAUCGAACAUGAUUUCCUUCUGAGACGGCAGAGUUGAAAAGCCAAUCACAGACCUAUCUCUUGGAAAUAUUAAAAUGGACCUUCAAAAAUGCUAGGUUUACAAUGAGAAAUGUUAUAAUUCAGUGCUUACUCUGUGCCUCCGUGACAUUCGGCAUCUGGAUAGCCGUCUUUAGUAUUUAUCUUCGUUACAAUCAUGUGAAGAAGCAAGCGAAGAUCCAGGAAAAAGGAAAUCCGUUCAUCUGGUCGCUUGGAGAAAAACUGCAAAGUAAACCUGACUCAGUGCACAUCCCGAGAGCUUACAACGUAAGAGUGGAGAGGCAAAGUGAGGAUGAGCCUGCAGAACCGAAGUUGUUGCUAAGAUUAGGUGAGAAUUUUAACUAUUCAAGCCCAGAACUUAUGCAUGGAUAUUCAACAUAUGGAUUUAAUCCCAUUAUCAGUAAAAACUUGGGCCACUACAGAAACGUGCCAGAUACCAGGAAUGUCAUGUGUCGGAAAAAAACAUACCCAGCCAAACUACCUACUGCCAGCAUCAUCAUUUGUUUCCACAAUGAAGAAUUUAGUGCCUUGUUUCGAACACUGUCCAGCAUCAUGACCCUCACUUCACAGUAUAUUCUUGAAGAAAUUAUUUUGGUAGAUGACAUGAGUGAUUUUGAUGAUUUGAAAGAGAAACUCGACUAUCACUUGGAAAUUUUUCGAGGAAAGAUUAAAUUAAUAAGAAACAAAAAGAGAGAGGGGCUGAUUCGAGCAAGGAUGACCGGAGCGUCCCAUGCUUCAGGGGACGUUCUAGUGUUUCUGGAUAGCCACUGUGAGGUGAAUAAAGUCUGGCUGGAGCCCUUGCUGAAUGCCGUUGCCAAGGACCCCAAAAUGGUGGUGUGUCCUCUGAUAGAUGUCAUUGAUUACUUGUCCCUGGAAUACCAGCCCUCUCCUAUUGUGAGAGGAGCUUUCAACUGGCAUCUGGAAUUUAAAUGGGAUCAUGUUUUCUCUUAUGAGAUCGAGGGACCGGAAGGACCCACUACACCUAUCCGGUCACCUGCAAUGCCUGGAGGAAUUUUUGCUAUAAGUAGGCAUUAUUUUAAUGAAAUUGGACAGUACGACAAGGGCAUGAAUCUGUGGGGAGGAGAAAACCUGGAACUUUCACUAAGGAUCUGGAUGUGUGGAGGCCAGCUCUAUGUAAUCCCCUGCUCUCGAGUUGGACACAUCAAUAGGCAACACAUGACAAACCACUCUGAAGUUAUAAAAGCCAUGGAAUAUAACAAUCUCAGACUGGUACACAUUUGGCUAGAUGAAUACAAGGAACAGUUUUUUCUACGAAGACCCGCUCUGAAGUCUGCUGCCUAUGGAAACAUCAGUGAGCGUGUUGAGUUAAGGAAACGAUUGGGUUGCAAGUCAUUUCAGUGGUAUUUGGAUACUAUCUUCCCAGAAUUGGAGGCAUCUGAGAUAAUCUCAUGAGAGGAAUACCAGUCGUUUUCAUUA